GUUGGCCUCUCUGAGGUCUGGAAUGCAUUUUGCAACUUUUGAACCCGAACAACAAACGUCAUGGCGUCUGGCAAUGCUACCGUGAAAGCUGUGAUCAGCGGGGAUACCGUCGUGCUUGUGGGUGCUGCCUCCAGCAAUGGCCCUCCUCCUGAGAUCAUGCUCACACUGUCGUCCUUGCAAGCACCCAAGCUUGCGCGCACGGCCGAACAGACGGACGAGCCGUAUGCAUUUGCAAGUCGUGAGUUUCUUCGCAAGUUGCUGAUUGGAAAGCCUGUGCGCUUCAAGGUGGACUACCGGGUUUCUGUCAUCAACCGAGACUUUGGGUCGGUAUACUUGAAUGGCGAAAACGUGGGCUUGGCUGUGGCCCGCGAAGGGUUCGCCAAGGUCAAGUCCAUUGAGCAAAGUCGCGAUGGAGCGUCCCCCGACCACGACGAGCUGCUUCGUCUGGAACAAGUCGCGCAGUCGGAGAAGAAGGGCAUUUACAGCGACGACUCCGUGACCGCGGCGUUGCGCGUCAACUGGAACGGGCUCAGCUCAGACGAGCUGCUCGGGCGCUUCAAGGGCCAGCAGAUCCCCGCGAUCGUCGAAGUGGUCCGGGAUGGCGCCAGCAUGCGUGUCAUCUUGCUCAAGACGAUGCAAAUCAUCAACUUUGCCUUGUCGGGUGUGCAGUGCCCUCGCAUCAACCCGCCCGUGGGGUCGGAACAGACUGGGCCCGCACCGUAUGCCAAGGAAGCCAAGUUGUUCACCGAAGUGCGGUUGCUGCACCGUCAAGUGCACGUCAAGCUCGAAGGCGUCGACAAGUUUGGGAACAUGUUUGGCAGUGUCGUGCAUCCGUCGGGCCACAACAUCAGCAUCGAGUUGCUCAAGGAAGGUCUCGGCAAGAUGACGGACUGGAGCUCCGAAUUCACCAGCGUGGCCAUUCGCACCGACAUGCGCAAUGCCGAGAAGCUCGCGAAACUUAACAAGAUCCGCGUGUGGGUCAACUAUGUCGCGCCGGUCCUGCAGGCUGCCGAGAGCCGCCUCACGGGUCUAGUGGUCGAAGUCGUGUCUGGGGACUGCCUCGUCGUGGCCCUGAAACCCAGCAACAACGAAAUGCGGCUGUACUUGUCGUCGAUUCGGGCUCCGCGACUCGGCAAUGCUCGCCGUGAAGAGCCUAACGCGCCGUACGCCGUAGACGCCAAGGAAGCGCUGCGCAACAAGUGCAUUGGUCGCGUCGUGUCUAUCGAAGUCGAAUACGAGCGCAACAACGCCCAGAACGACGCGGCUGCAUUGCUCACGUUUGCCAGUGUGUUUCUUGAACCGACGGCGGCGGCAGCUGGCAAGAAAAAGGCGGACGCCGCCCCCGUUGAACGCAUCAACUUGGGCGAGCAGCUGCUCACGGACGGGUUUGGCGAAGUUGUGCGCCAUAAGCAAGACGAGGAAAAGUCGGGGUAUUACGACGCGUUGGUGGCGGCGGAAGCGUCAGCUCGUGCCGCGAAACGUGGCCAGUUCUCCGGCAAGCCGUCCCCCGAAGCCCGCGUGACCGACCUCUGCUUUGACGGCAACAAGGCCAAGCAGUACUUGCCGUUCCUCCAACGUGAAAAGUCGCUGCGCGCGAUCGUCGAACAAGUGUACGCCGGAAACCGGUUCAAGAUCUACAUCCCCAAGGAAAACUGUACCGUCAACUACGUGCUGGCCGGCAUCAAGUCCCCGCAGCCCGCGCGACCGUCCAAGGAAGCCGAGCCGUUUGGCGAAGAAGCGCGCAAGUUUUCCAGACGCACCGUCAACCAACGCAACGUGAUUGUUGAAAUCGAAGACAUGGAUCGCGCCGGGAACGCGUUCGGGCCACUCUAUGUCGGCCAGAAGGACUCGAAAACCAACAUUGGAUGCCACCUCUUGGCGGCAGGCUAUGGUCGUAUCGACGACUUCUCCAUCGACCGCACGAGUACCGCGAGCGAUUUGGUCAAGGCGCAAGACGUGGCCAAAGCUGGUCGCAAGAACAUUUGGAAGAACGUGUUGCCUGACGAAACUGUCGCGGCGGCGGCGGCUCCCGUGGUCCGGAAAACGGCCGACGACGUCUGGCCCGUCGUCCGACUCUCUGAAAUCGUGAGCCACACGCACUUUUUCGUCCAAAACAUCAGCGACCGCGUCGUGGCGACGCUCGAAGAUCAAAUGCGCGCAUGGACGGCGUCCGUGGGCGUGGACGGCAAGACGGUCGAGCUGCGCAAGGGGGCGCUGAUCGCGGCGCUGUUCGACGACGGUCAAGGCCCGCUGUGGAACCGCGCGCGCAUCGAGUCGGUGUCCGCGCAAGCCAUCCGUGUGCGAUUCAUCGACUACGGCAACGUCGAAGUGCUCCCGGUGACCCGCCUCCGUCCGCUGGACCCGACCCUCGUGUCGCUGCCCGGUCAGGCCAAGGAGUGCGUGUUUGGGUUCGUCAAGCAAGCCGAACCGCACCACGAGUACGCGGCGGACGCGGCGCACUUGUUCAACGACCUCGCGUGGGGCAAGACGCUGACGGGCAUCGUGCACGGCCGCGACGAAGCCGGACGCUUCCAAGUGUCACUGUUCGUCAACGACAAGAGCGUGAGUGAAUCGCUGCUGGAAACCGGCGUGGCUCGCGUCGACCGCAAGUCGUUCAAGGCUGCGCAGUCGUACCAGAAGAAGGUCGUGGACGGGUUGCUGACGGCACAAGACGCCGCCAAACGCCGUCGGUUGUGUUUGUGGCAAUAUGGGGACGUCGAGUCGGAUGACGAGUAGACAUAGUACAAGGCUAGUAGUACUGUACGUAUACGAGCCACUCACUACACCUUUUUUCUAUUGAGUUGGGACUUUUUUCAACGUUCUUGGCUUGGCGCUCAUUCGAAAGGGCGAUGUGUCCAUUCAUUUGGCCUUGUGGCCAAUAGAAUUGACAAGUCGUGCCGCAACACCCUUUGAAAUGUACCAUGCUACCAAUGGAAAAGGCUCCACUACCCAACAAUGUGCCAAGUACCAUUUCGAAUCUGCCGUGCUUGAAGUGGAGUU